AUGGAUUCUCUGACCCGAACACUGCCCGCAUCUUGGUUCUGCAGUCCCGCACUCUACCAACUAGAGCGUCGAGCCGUAUUCCUCAAGUCAUGGCAUCUUCUAGGUCCCGUGACGCGAUUCCAGAGCCGUUCGGAAACCGUCGUUUAUGAGAUCGCGCAGGUGACGCUGCUAGUCGAGAACCGGAGCCCGGAAUCCGAGGGAGUAGAUCGGGAUGGCAUCGUUGUGUAUGCGCAGGAAGAGGGCAGAGAAAUCAAGAGCUAUAUCACGCCGAGCGGGCUGGUCUUCGCGACGCUGUCCCUAGAUACGCCGAGCUUUGAGGAGUUCUUUUCCGGUUUGGAGGAGCUGGUUAAUAAAGUUGAUUUCACGAAGCUUCCGCAUCGAAGAAGCCUUUCUUAUGAGGGGCGAUUUAACUGGAAGACUAUGAUCGAUGGCUUCCAGGAGUGCCUCCACUGCCAAUACACGCACCCGACCUUCUCGAAAUACUACCCGCCCACCUUCUACAGCGUGACCAACCACGCCAACUUCAGCCAGCACAUGGCCGACCCAUCAAAGCCAUCCGACGGGCUCUUCCUAUAUUUCUUCCCGAUCUGCACGCUCAACGUGUACGGGGGCGGGAUGUCGUCGUUCCGCACGCUGCCGACGACCGAGCCCGGCGUCGCGCGCAUGGAGUUCGACUACUACCACUCGGGCAGCGAUGAGGAGUUCGAGGAGUACUUCCGCUUUGUGCGCCAGGUGGCGUUGGAGGAUUUCGAGCUGUGCGAGAUGGCGCAGAGGAAUCUUGAAAGGGGCGUGUAUGGCGAGGGGAUCCUGAACCCGCUAAAGGAGAAUGGGGUCGCGUUUUAUCAGCAGAGGGUGAGGGCGUUGGUAAGAGGGGAGUGGGAUAAGGUUAAGCGGGAGAGGGAGAAGGGGAGCGUGAAGGUUGAAGCGAGGGAGGUGGGAAUGGAGGAGGGGAAGGCCAUUGCUGUUUUGUAA